CGCGAGGGAGUGUCCGCGCGGAGGGCGGGUCUCUCAUUCACUCAGCCCCUCGCGGUGGCCGCGGCGGAAGGGCGGGGUCUCUUCCCCCCCAUCCUCCCCGGGAGCGAGGGGCGGGGCAAGGGGCGGGGCCCGCGGGCGCGCGUCCCGAGGCGUCGGCUGCGUCGUCACGUCAGCGCGGGAGAGAGAAAGAGCGACUCGGCAGGGACUGGGGACGGGGCCGAGAGAGCUAGCGAGGGAGGGCGUGAGCCAGAGGAGAGCCGGAGAGGAGAAGGGCGGCCACUCGCGUCUGAGCGGCCGCGGACGGGAGUCGGGGGGAAGCUGGGGGAGGAGGUGCAGGGAAGGAAGGACGAAGGCCGAGGGGACCGGGCGGCCGGCGGCCGGCGGAGGUGGCUGGGGGAGAAGGAGGAGCCGUAGGAGGGCAGGGGCUGAGGGAGUGAGUGAGAGAAGCAGACGCGCCGGGGAGGGGAGGGAAGGGGGGUCACGCGGGGGCGCGCGCGCGCGCACUGGGAGCGCGCUCGGAGGCGAGUGGAACUGGAUCGGGUUUGCUGCCAGCGGCGUGAGCUCCGGCCGCCAUUUUACAACAGCUCCACUCGCGCCGGACACAGGGAGCAGCGAGCACGCGUUCCCCGCCAGCCGACCCCGUCGGACAGGAUUCCUCGGCCCCAGCCCCGCGGGGAGAUCUCUGGAAACAUGGCUACAGAACAUGUUAAUGGAAAUGGUACUGAAGAGCCCAUGGAUACUACUUCAGCAGUUAUCCAUUCAGAAAAUUUUCAGACAUUGCUUGAUGCUGGUUUACCACAGAAAGUUGCUGAAAAACUAGAUGAAAUUUACGUUGCAGGGCUAGUUGCACAUAGUGAUUUAGAUGAAAGAGCUAUCGAAGCUUUAAAAGAGUUCAAUGAAGACGGCGCAUUGGCAGUGCUUCAGCAGUUUAAAGACAGUGAUCUCUCUCAUGUUCAGAACAAAAGUGCCUUUUUAUGUGGAGUCAUGAAGACUUAUAGGCAGAGAGAGAAACAAGGGACCAAAGUAGCAGAUUCUAGUAAAGGACCAGAUGAGGCAAAGAUUAAGGCACUUUUGGAAAGAACAGGCUACACACUUGAUGUGACUACAGGUCAGAGGAAGUAUGGGGGACCACCUCCAGAUUCCGUUUAUUCAGGUCAGCAGCCUUCUGUUGGCACUGAGAUAUUUGUGGGGAAGAUCCCCAGAGAUCUGUUUGAGGAUGAGCUUGUUCCAUUAUUUGAGAAAGCUGGACCUAUAUGGGAUCUUCGUUUAAUGAUGGAUCCGCUUACUGGUCUAAACAGAGGUUAUGCGUUUGUCACUUUUUGUACAAAAGAAGCAGCACAAGAGGCUGUUAAAUUGUAUAAUAAUCAUGAAAUUCGUUCCGGCAAGCACAUUGGUGUCUGCAUCUCAGUUGCCAACAAUAGGCUUUUUGUGGGCUCUAUUCCUAAGAGUAAAACCAAGGAACAGAUUCUUGAAGAAUUUAGCAAAGUGACAGAGGGUCUCACAGAUGUCAUCUUAUACCACCAACCUGAUGACAAGAAAAAAAACAGAGGCUUUUGCUUUCUUGAAUAUGAAGAUCACAAAACAGCUGCCCAGGCAAGGCGUAGGCUAAUGAGUGGCAAAGUCAAAGUCUGGGGAAAUGUUGGAACUGUUGAAUGGGCCGAUCCUAUUGAAGAUCCCGAUCCUGAAGUUAUGGCAAAGGUAAAAGUGCUGUUUGUACGCAACCUUGCCAACACUGUAACAGAAGAAAUUUUAGAAAAGUCGUUUAGUCAGUUUGGGAAACUGGAACGAGUAAAGAAGCUAAAAGAUUAUGCUUUCAUUCAUUUUGAUGAGAGAGAUGGUGCUGUCAAGGCUAUGGAAGAAAUGAAUGGUAAAGACUUGGAGGGAGAAAAUAUUGAAAUUGUUUUUGCUAAGCCACCAGAUCAGAAGAGGAAAGAAAGAAAAGCUCAGAGGCAAGCAGCAAAGAAUCAAAUGUAUGAUGAUUACUACUAUUAUGGUCCACCUCAUAUGCCUCCCCCAACAAGAGGUCGAGGGCGUGGAGGUAGAGGUGGCUAUGGAUAUCCUCCAGAUUAUUAUGGAUACGAAGAUUAUUAUGAUUAUUAUGGUUAUGAUUACCAUAACUAUCGUGGUGGAUAUGAAGAUCCAUACUAUGGUUAUGAAGAUUUUCAAGUUGGAGCUAGAGGAAGGGGUGGUAGAGGAGCAAGGGGUGCUGCUCCAUCCAGAGGUCGCGGGGCUGCUCCUCCCCGUGGUAGAGCCGGUUAUUCACAGAGAGGAGGCCCUGGAUCAGCAAGAGGUGUUCGCGGUGCGAGAGGAGGUGCCCAACAACAAAGAGGCCGCGGGGUACGUGGUGCAAGGGGUGGCCGCGGUGGAAAUGUAGGAGGAAAGCGCAAAGCUGAUGGGUACAACCAGCCAGAUACCAAGCGGCGCCAGACCAAUAAUCAGAACUGGGGCUCCCAACCCAUUGCUCAGCAACCGCUCCAAGGUGGUGAUCAUUCUGGUAACUAUGGUUACAAAUCUGAAAACCAGGAGUUUUAUCAGGAUACUUUUGGGCAACAGUGGAAGUAGAGAUAGAGCAUCUGUAAAAUUAGAGACUGAUAGGUUGAUCAGAGAUGGCCUAAAUCUGAACAGGUGCCACUGUAAUUUGAGACAUCUGGCAAGAUUUCCCCUUUAUGUAUAUAUUUUAACAACCCGCUUGGACAUGAACAAAGCCACACUUCUAACUAACUGCUUCUGGCGAAUUGCUUUUAUUUUUACUUUUUAAUUUUUUCCAAUAAACAUAUUAUUAGAAGAUAUGAAAGGUAGUUAAUGAGUUUGCAUUCCUGCUUGAGAAUUUGGCUCAUUUGGCUGCAGUAUAUACAAUGUUUCUGGGUAAUAUUUAGACUUGGUGUCUUGAAAAAAAAAAGGUAGUUGAUUAAAAACUGAGUAUGUCUUCAUAUCUUGUAUCAGAAUAACUAUUUAUUUGUAUGUUACCAACUUAAAUUGCUAGAAUAAGGUAAAUUGGUACACAACUGCUAUUUUUAAUUUAGAACUUUAACCCAAUUGGGUUUUCAAAAUCAUUUUGCUACUUGUAUUCUUGAUGCUGUUGUUACUUUCAAUAAAAAAAAAAUUCACACCUAAAUGUAUACGUACUAAAA